GGAUCGCGUUACAUCUGAAAAUAAACGCGCGUGUUCUCUCUCUCCCCGUUGUAUCUCCCGCGCUCCUCGUCAAACGAUUAUGGACGUAUGAUCGCAUCGCGGAUCACACGGAUUAAAUAGGAAUGGAGUGAACGGUGACCUCCAUCGAAAAGGAAGCGCGUCCGACGUCAUCCGCCCGCGGGAGAGCGAGAGCCGUUUCGUCGUUCAGUCGCGAUCGCGACGUGCGGAAAGUGAUUCCGAUUUUUCUUUCAUCCCGCUGCUCGCGGUGAAAGGAUCGUCUCCCGCAAGCGCCGCGCACAUACGUGCCAACGCGGAAGAAGAACCAGUCGCGAAGCUGCCCCGCGCGCGCGAAAUGGUUGGGAUUCUCCGAGAUACAGCGCCGAGGUAGUUGGUUCGCGAGUAUCGUGCCACGGGGACGUGACAUCUCGGGGGGAGGAAUCUCGUUUAGGUUAAACGGACAGGCGAGCGAGGCUCCCGAGAUCGCGCGUGGAGGUUAGGUCGGCGCGUCGCGGAGGUUAGGAAUGAGCGCGGUGCAUGACGGAGCCGCGCCAAGGGGGAGAACCACGUAGACUCCGCCGCGUCUCUUCGUCCAACCGCCACUCGUCGCGUCGCGUCGACGUUCGGGCUCGCCGGGUUUCGUAGACCGAGUUCGCGGCGGGAGCGAGCGACGAGGCAGCAUGUACACGUUCAAGCCGUUCGUGUUCACCAAGCACAGGGCGAACGGGCCGGAGCGGCCGAAGGCGCGUAGCGGCCACCGCAUCGCGUGCGACCAUCGGUAUCUGUACUCGUACGGCGGCUUCAAUCCGUGCGUGGCCGACACCGACCCGGACAUGCGCGACGACCGCACAUGGAUCGCCAGCAAGCCGCUGUUCAAGGAGCUGUGGCGCUUCAACCUGGUGAGCGAGCGCUGGAAGCGGCUGCCCGGCCAGGAGGACAUGCCGAACGAGCUGGCGUCGAAUGCGGUGAUACUGCGCGGCAACGCGCUCAUGGUCUACGGCGGCACCGGCGUGCCAUUCGGUGAAUGCUGCAGCAAUCAGCUGUACGUCUGCAACGUGGACAACGGCGCGAUGGAGGUCGUGCCGGCCACGGGCGAGCUACCCGAGCCCCAGUACGGACAGGCGCUAGUGUGCCACGGUUCCUAUCUCUAUACAGUCGGUGGUACCACUGGUUACGAAUACACCUGCGAUAUCCACCGAUUCGAUCUACGAAGAGGCGUCUGGGAGGUGGUGUACAUUUGCUCGGGUAAGGACGAGUCGGAGCCACAUGGAAGAUACAGGCACGAGCUUGCUUUUGACGGCAAGAUGAUUUAUGUUUUGGGUGGCGGCACCUCGACAGAAUCCUAUGGUUUCUCGGAAAUACCGGCGUUCGACUUGAGGACCAACAGUUGGAGGAUCUUGAGCACCCACGGCGAUACCGAGGAGACCACGGUGCCGGCGCCACGACGCUGUCACGGUUCCGUUCAGUACACGGACGAGAAGAGCGGCGCCACCUCGGUCGUUAUAUCGGGCGGUUACAACGGCGACUGGGUGUUCUCCGACGUUUGGCGUCUCGACCUCGGCACGUUGCAGUGGACGCGCCUGAGGGAGUGCAUUCUACCGUGCCCGGUGUACUUCCACUCGGCCGCGCUGAUACCAGAGGGUCGCAUGUACAUAUUCGGCGGUAUAGUCAAAAUGAACAACAAGGUGCAGAGGACAAACGCGGUACACUCCGCUUGGCUGACGAUUCCCAAAUUGUCCGAGAUCUGUUGGCAAGCGUUGAACCAUUAUUACCCAGACUUGAAGGACUGUUCGCGGGAUGAGCUACUUCACAUGGGAAUACCAUUAAAAUUCGUACAAAGACUUGAUUUCUACUGGUGAACGAUCAGUUUCCUCGAGACACCAUCGAAUCCUUGAAUCAGAUUGUCUCUUGCGCUGCACGCGCUUGGAAGCGUCUGCUCAUGCUUCGUGCAUUUUGAUUCGUGACUUUUGACGCGGUUUUUUUUUUACAAUCUCUAUUACGCAGUAGCGGUAAUGGUAAAAAGAAUUUAAACAAUCAUGCUAUUUAUUGCAUCCGUGAUUAACAACGCGAACUAUUUGUAAAGUAAUACAUUUUCCUCUUACUCAAAUUUGCUUUCAUUUAACUUAUCGAAUACAUUAUUUACCUAAUAUUAACAACUGAUGCAUCUGUUUUAAGAAUGUACAAAGAUAAUAGUACUGAUUAAAAAAAUGAUAACAUGUAAAGAGUUACGUAUCUAAGGAUAUAGUUCAUUAUAUCGUAUUUAAUGUUAUGUACAGUAUAUUAAUUCUGCCUUUACUCUCUCUCUAACGCUGUACAUGAUAUACAGAUAUAUUAUUAUAUUUACUUACAUAAGUAUGUGCUGUAUUUCUUUAAGGAUGUUAGAAUUAGAGAUCAUCGACUCACACUGCACGACGAUGAGAUAUUUCUAAAUGUUUAACUAAAGACGAGCGCGAAUAAUAGGAGGAAUGGUGUUACUAAUUGUGUGUUUUGUCUCAAAGAGAUUGUUGAACGUAAUAUUUGUCCGCAGUGCCUAUUAAUUAAAGUGAUGCUCGUUUGUUGAAUCAAAAACCUCGAGGGUCUUAGCGGUUGCAUAAACAAUCUUCGUUAUUCUUUUCCAUUACGCCCUAAAUUUCGCAUCAAAGGGAAAAGUGUGUUUAGAGCAAAAUUUCGGUUUUAAAUUUUUUAUUCUUCGCGAUGUACAUCUACAAUACAUCUAAUAUGCAUAUACAAUGAUAGAUUCAGCCCAUUUGCUCAGCCUUGUAUGUCAUGAAUAUUGGUUUCUUUAUGGAUAUUUUUCACGAUAUUAAUUUAACACUUUUAACUCGAUCGUUUCUCCCUUUUAAACAAGAUCUAUGCACCUUUUUAUUCUUUGUAUCGCUUUUUUCUUAUUGAAUCAUUUUACUCCGCUUUUUAAUUAAUGUUAUUCUGUUUAUUAAGAUGUGUAUCAUGGGACUUUGCAUUUUGAUUGUUCUGAUAUAAGGUUAAACUUCACGGACGAACGACCCUCUAAUUAUUCUGAGCAAUAUACCACGCAUCGUAAUUACGCAAUAGAUUCUCGGUGCUGCUUACUCAAGACAUUAGCUGUAUAUUAGCUGAUAUUCACUAAUAGAGAGACAGAGAAAGAUGAGAGAGAGAGAGAGAAAUAUUGUAAAUACAAAGGGAAAAGAGGAAUACAGAAGAAUCAAAUCUUA